AUGUCGUCUGCUGGCUCCCGUUCACCGAGCCCUCUGCCGGACCGUAUAACACCAUCCUUACCCUCUAGGGAUAAACGAAAGAAAGAGAAGAAGAAGAAGACGCAGCCAGAGGUGGAAUAUACCAGCCAUGGGAAGAAUGAAGGCACAAGCUCGUACUGGGCCUACGAGCCGCCUAAGGACGCAGAGGUGAUGGACCACGACGUGGAUUGCGAAAACCUUGACUGGGAUGCUAUACGAGAUGACGAGAAUCUUGAACUUUGGCUUGUGCGCGUUCCAGAGAGGGUCAAGCCCUCACAUCUGGAGUCACUUCAGCUAGACGACCCGUCCUCCUCCAGGACCGGCAUAAUCGGGUCUUUGAAGCGUAAAAGCGCUGCGUACGAAGUUUGGUCCCUUGGCCAGGGAACUGGAGAUAGUCUCGCCAUCGGUGGCGAGGAACUCAAAAGCCUCUCAUGUCUGCUUCCUCGGAAGAGGAAAGGCGGCAAGCUCUACCCAGCACCAAAACCCAUCGCACGUCACGUAGUCAUCACCAGCAGAGCGCCCAUACCUUCACCGGUCGAAUUACCCCAGUCGACAACUGCUCCGAAUAUUUAUCAAAACCCGCCCCGACCGUCAUAUCCAGAGGAGGUCCUCAAACACCAGUUCAAGCCUUACGGCUCGGUCGUGAUUCCGGACAAUCACCCCUCAGCCGAAGGAAAUCAGGACGUUGAUAUGGUUCAGGCGCGGGAUGACUCUGAGGAGGCCGUUGAAGCGGCAGUGGCUGUACCGCGGAAGGAAAAGAAGGAGAAAAAAGAGAAGAAGCGUAAGGGCGAGGAAGGGACCAUAUCACCCAAUAAGUUGAAGAAACUGAAAACUGACAGCUAG